AUGGCUCGGGAGAGGCCUCCCGGGAGGGGCUGCGGCGACCUGCGCCUGUGUCUGCUCGGCGCCGCACUGCUGCUUGGCCUACGGCUUUGCGCCGAGCUGAGGUGCGCAGGGCCCGGGCCCCCAAUCGGCAGUGCCCUGCCGGGCCAGGCCCCCGGGUCUCCUGGGCUGCACCUGCCGCCCACGCCGGGUCCACAGCGCGGCGCCAGCAGGAGGCAAGUGACCUAUGUGCGCAGCGGGCGCCGAGCGCCUCCGGGGGGCGGCGGGCGCGGGACACCGGAGCCGGGCUGCUGCGCCCCACGCGGACUCCCCCGCCGGAAGGGUCCCCGGUGGCACAUAGAUCUCCAGCCUUGGGCAGGUCCCGCUCAGUCCCUGGAUGAAGAAGCCGGGAGGUUCCUGAACUAUAUCAGCACCACCCAGAUUGCAUGUGAUCACAUGAGCACAGAUAGCCUAGCUACGGACGCCAGCUCUGCAAAGAAACCCUGGUCAGUCUGUCUUGAUGACCGCUUUGGCUUAGCUCAUCAAAUCCGAAGCAAGCAGUGCCGCCUCUACUCUUUGGGGCUAGGAAGUGAGGAUACUCAUUUCGAAGUUAGCCUGGCCAACAGUGGGUGUGAAGUGCAUCGCUUUGAUCCCAGUGUUAAAUCACCGCACAUUCUGGAAAGUCAGCACCUGUGGUAUCACCGCCUGUCCAUCGACUGGCGAGACCCCCAUCCAGCUGUUGCUGCACAAAAACCUCAUGGCAACACCAGAAAACUGGGAACCAUCUUGAAUGAAUUUGGACAUCACAAGAUCGAUGUUCUAAAGGCAGACCUAGAGAGUGCCGAGUGGAAAGUUUUGGAAAAUCUUAUUCUGGAAGACGUCCUCGAGCAGAUUGGACAGCUUGUCUUUGAGAUCCAUCUCCACUGGCCUGGAUUCGAGGUCAGUGGCAGCGACAGCAGUGUCGUGCGGUUCUGGUACAGUCUCCUCAAAGAGUUAGAACUAAAGGAUUUCAGGCUUUUCCACAGUUACAAAGACUUAUCUAAGCCUCAGCGCUUCCUGAAGAGGGAUAUCUUCAAUGCCAGUAGCUGUUACAUUCUGAGUUGGGUGAACACAAGAUGGAAAUAG